UCGAACUCAUUCAUUAUUUUUAUAUUUCUAUUUUGAUUCUAUCAUUAUUAUUUAGGUGCAUUUUUAUUGCCCACAUAUAAUUAGCCUCGAAAUGUGGGCCUUUUUGGCUAAGAACAAAAAUGAUAUUAUUUACUUAUCGCUUUUAUUGUUCAGUGUUGCGAUAGGACCGUAUUAUCGGUCCAUUAAUUCAAUAAAUGCAAGAAAGUGGGCUGGAACUGGGCUUGGAAUUCUUCUUAUUAUUAUUGUUUCGGGAUACAAUGCUGCACAUCCUAUUUUGUCAGCUAUUCUUGGAAUUUUAGCUAUUAAACUGGCGACCGUAAAAUAUUGUCAUGUGGUCACAUUCUUCCUCAUGUUUGGCUACCUGUUCUUCUUUCGACUAUCCGAUAAAUUUGGUUUCCCGCUACCAUCAGGACAAACCAAUCUCAUUGAGAUGAUAAUUGUUCUUAGAGUUGUGGGAGUAGCAUUUGAAAUCAACGGAUCUUGGUUAGCGGUUGGAAAGGCUAAGAGAAAGAAGGAAGAAAAUAAAACCGAAGUAAAGGAGACGGACAAGGAUGAUGAAUUUUUGGAAAUAAUUAAUCCUAACCUUGAAGACUUGUUUCAUUAUUCAUUCACCUAUGUUGGGUUACUUACAGGUCCUUACUACAGAUACAGGACUUUUGAUGAUUAUUUCAACUUGCCCUACAGCAAGUAUGCAGACUGCCUGGGAGCCACAAUCAACUCACUGAAGAUGGUGCCUUUGUACAUAUCACUGUACCUGGCUUUGUCCAACAUCUGGCCCCUAGAGUAUGUCCUGACUGAAGAGCACAACAACAGAAAUUUCGUCUACCGAAUGAUGUAUCCAUGGGUGCUGUUCGCCGCGUUCCGCCAACGAAUUUACUCCGGCAUGACACUGGCGGAGAGUGUGUGCACGUCAGCUGGCGUCGGGGCGUACCCUGUGGAAGGCAGGAAUAGGACCGGACAUGGUCCCACUGUUGGAUAUUUGAAGCUCAAACAAAUGACCGAGGAAGAGGCGAAGAAAGCUCAAUACGAUUUCAAAACCAUGGAGUCUAUGGAUGUAUGGGGCUGUGAGACCGUGGAGACACUGCGGGACUCCAUGAAGGUCUGGAACAAGGCUGUGCAGUACUGGGUCGCCAUGGUUGUCUACAAGAGGUUCCCUGUUAAACCGCUCAAGAUUCAUGCAGCGCUGUUUGUGUCUGUGAUAUGGCAUGGAUUCCACGCUGGGUAUUUCUUCUGCAUUUAUGCUUGUCCCUUCUAUUUGAUGGCCGAAGAUAUUUACUACAAGCUUUACUACAAAGAAGCCACUGGAAUGAAAAAGAAGAUAGUUGGAUUUGUGAUGUGGUUCUUAAGGUCCCACUCAGAGUCAUAUCAAGCGGCCGCUUUCCUUCUGCUCACCUUUGAUCGAAUCUGGAUAUACUAUUCAUCUAUGUACCACUACUGGUAUGGUGUGUGGCUCGCGUUCCUUUUAUUGGGUGUUGUGUUGAAUAAAACACAAAAACGCAAGCCCAAGAAAGUACAAGAGAAAUUAGACAAUAAGUCGGGAGAAAAAGUAAAGGAAAAUUGAUAGAGAUUAAUUACAUAUAUUUAAUAGAGAUUUAGAGAAAUUAUUAUUUUGUAAUGGUCUAGCCGUUUUUUACUUUUUUUUAAAGGGGUUUUUAUGAGAUUGCUCAAAAAAUUGUUUUGGUAUUUUUUAAAUUUUAUAAUGUUUUUUUUUAAAUCAAUAUUCUUACUUUUAUAUCAAUAUCGAAUGUUGCAAAAUAAUUGGUAGGUGAACAAAUGAGAUUUCCAAGUUCGAGAUUGUUUUUGUAUACUAAAGCAAUAAUAACCAAUAAUUUUCUCCACUGAUAAAAAUGUAUGGUUUUAUAUAAAUUUACAAACCAUUAUUAAUUUAUUAUUCACAACGACGGGACAGCGUAAAAUUAAGUUUUAAAUUUACCUCCGACGUUUCGAGGACAUCGUUGUCCCCAUGGUCUCGGAGAAGACUGGCUAAAGUUGACAUCAACAUUUGCUACGCGCGCGAGUUUUUUGAACUACCCGCACUUGGUCUUGUUUAUUAACCCGAAAGUUUUGUGAAUAAUGAGUAAAAUCGUGAAAGUUUAAAUCAGUGUUUUGUACAUGUCACCGUAAAAUUGUAAACACUCGUCAGUUUAUGAUCUCGCUAGUCAAAUUAUAAACUGACGGCAGUUAGAUUAUAAACUAACCUAACCUACGUUAGAUUAUAAACUAACGGGUGCACAAUCUUACGGUGUCAUACAUAAAUAAUUGUUAUGUACCUAAUGGUAAUAUAUUUAUAAGUCGUGAUAGUUUAAGAUACAGCAGCACAAAUGUUGACAUACUCGUAUAAAGAUGAAUCUGUUGCCAUGACAAUCAAGUAUGUUUUUGCUGCUGUUUAUUUUACAUUAUAAGGGUUUUUGAAGUACCUAGGGUAUUUGGUGUUAAUUUUGAUUACUAUGUAGUUGUUGAGAUUUGAGGUUCGGGAUUUAAUAUUGUAAAUUUUGGAUUAUUCUAAUAAGAUGGCAACUAUAGUUGGUCAAGCAGAUCUUGUCAGUAGAAAAAGGCGGCAAAUUUGAAAAAUGUAGGCGCGAAGGGAUAUCGUCUCAUAGAAAAUUUGAAUUUCGCGCCCUUUUCUACUGACAAGAUUUGCUUGACCAUCUAUAUAUCAAACUUCCAGAAUGCCAACUUCACGCACCCAAAUAUCUCCGUCAGGUAAAGCAUAUUGUAAAGGAAUGGGGUUGGCAUCAUUUUUAUAGAUGGCGCCAGCAUAAGUUUACCUGUCUCUGCAGACGAAGAUUGGGUACUGCAGUCACAUGAGGGCGCACGAGCGAGCGGACCAGCUCAGUUCCCGCUCCUAGGCAUUAAGGCAUAAUAUAAUGCAGUCGCUGUGGCCGAAAUCGGCCGGGAGAAGAGAGGGGAGAGAGACCUGUCUCUAGUUUUGUUCUAUGAGAUGUUAGUCUAUAGUCUAGCCCUUCGUAUGCCCGUGUCUUGACUAGGGGUCAAAAGUUUACUACUAAAUUAAUAACCUUGAAAUUGUAAAUUGCAGUCCAAAUGAUCUGGGGCGUAUACGAGACAAGGCUAAAGGGCUAGAGCAUCUAAGCCAUAAAAUUAAAUAAUAAGUAAUUGGACCUUUUAUUUGUAAAACCGAUCGAUGCUGGCGCCAUCUGUGAAAUACUUCGACCGGGCAACCCCAUUAAGAAAUAUUUUUUGCUAAUGGUGCUACAGAUGCGGAAUCCUUGACGAUUUAUGGCUUUACGGCCUGGCAUCGACAUUGCGCGACUGGCUUCGGCUAAGGCGACAACCAUAGGUGGGAACGAAAGGUCCGAUCGCUGUGUUUCGCUCCAACCUAUGGUUGUCGCCUUAGCCAGUCGCGCAAUGUCGUGGCCAGGCCGUUAUGGUGUUCAGGAGGUUAAAUAUAUAUGCUAAACAAGUAAAUGUUUACAUUCCUAUUGCAUUCAACCCGUAACCACCAACAUAAAUAUUAUAGAUAUAUUUCUAGUCUUAGUUAUAAUGGCAAAUGAAUAAAGGUGUAUUUUUUAUUUGAA